GUCUCAAGAUGUCGUGCCAAGCCCGAAUCACUCUUGAAAACCGAAAGAGGCAACAUUCUGUUACUUCCAGUUGAGCUACCACAGCACUCAAUCUCUCAUGCAGACCAUAAACCGAUUUCUCUAUGGACCGACACCCGAAGAGAGAGUGCGUGCAUGGCAAGGAAAAUUGCGUUCAGAAAGCCGACAACUGGACAGGGAGAUGAGGCAGCUCGAAGCUGCGACGGCAAAAGCACGCACGACGGUGAAGCAGCUUGCUGUCAAGGGAGAUGUGAAGUCUGCACGAAUCCUCGCUAAGGAGGUCGUCCGCAGUAAUAAGCAGAAAGACAGAUUGUCUGUUAGCAAAGCACGCUUGGGAUCGAUCGGUACCCAGCUACAGCAACAGCUAGCCAUGGUCAAAGUUACAGGGUCGUUGCAGAAGUCUACAGAAAUUAUGAAACUAUCCAACUCGCUUGUCAAAUUGCCCCAGAUAAGUCAAGCAAUGCGGGAAAUGAGCAUGGAAAUGACGAAGGCUGGGAUCAUGGAGGAAAUGCUUGAAGACACCUUACAAAUGGACGAAGACGAAGAGAUAGAAGAAGAGGCAGACGCUGAAGUUGACAAGGUUCUUUUCGACCUCACUAACGGGAAACUCGGACUAGCUGGCUCAGCCGGAACAGAUCUACCAACACCACAAGAUCAACUGGAGGACGAUGAGGCGGAGAGAGUAAUGGAGGAAGCCCGAAAACAGCUGAAUGGUCUGUUGAGCGGCUGAUUUCACGUUUGUAUGAAGUAAACAUUACUGAUACCUCUGGGCAAACGGACAAGCCCGAAUUCCUAUAUUCUGGAAUCUAAGUUACUAGUUGGAUCCGCACCAAGCGAGUCACUUGCAUGGAAACAUGUGCUGGUCGCAGUUCAUGGUCAUCAAUGAAUCUCGAUCAAUAUUAAUCAUUGUACGGAGUCUACGUGAAAGGACAACAAUUGGAAGGCGUUGUGAUGUUAGAAAGGCGCGAAGCACAGGCUUGCAGAAGUGGAUAUACACCCAGUAGCAAGCUAUGCAUUAUAACCCUCAUCUUCUCGUAGAAGAAUGGUCUCGGUCCUCGCCAUUUAGUGGGUCAACAUCGAAUGAUUGGCUGCCCACCUGGGUUUAAGAUAGACCUGAGGUUGUAAGAUGAAGAAGAC